CGGCAGAGAUGAAGCAGAAAUCGAACAACACUCUAUAAGCAUACACAUCGCCUCAGUUUCACAAAAUACAAUUUAAAAAAUGAAAUUCCUUGCCGCAUUGUCUUUGGCUCUUUGCCUUUUCGUCGUUGCGUGUCAUGGCGUGCCGGUGGAGAGGGAAACACUGCUGAGUAUUGAAAAGGCGCAGCCAGUGGCUGUGGUAAGCGCGGAAGGACAGCCUCAACAGCUGCGUCGUGUGGCACGGCAUGGUUUCGGCGGUGGCUUCGGUCCCGGUUUUGGUGGAUAUGGCGGUUACCCAUUUGGUGGAUAUGGUGGCUAUGGCGGUUACCCAAUUGGUGGAUAUGGUGGCUAUGGUGGUUAUCCAAUUGGCGGAUAUGGUGGCUACCCAAUUGGUGGCUUCGGUGGCAGUUCGAGCAGUGCUUAUGCAAGUUCUAGUUCGGGUGGUUACCAAUUCUUUGGUUAAGCCAUUGCAUCUGAUGUGUCAGCGUUCUAAGUGUUAAUUAUGUUAAUGUAUUUUAAUUAAGGUUAGAGAAACAUAAUAUAUUAAAUUUGUAAUAAUAUGUGUGUAAGUACUAAAUAAAGCUGUGAAAAUAUGUUAA